GACAAUUGCUCAAAGCAGAACAUACCCUGUUGGAAGUUGAGGAAGAAAAUGGCUUGGUGCAGAGAAGUUUGCAGGAUGGACUGAGGGAGAACUACGCCAACUCCAACUCCAAGCCCCCAUUUGCCCAUUCACUACGCAUCAAAGAGGAGGUCCUCAGUCAGAAGCACCGCCUUUUAAGUCAGCCCACCRCUCUUUCACUGGAUAAUCUAGAGUCAGCUGGUCUGGUAAAUCAUGGGCAGUCCCACUCCAUCCAUAGUCAAAAGGGCUCUUCCUCUUUUUGGGGAAGCAAGGCUCACCUUGAUAGCCUGAUGAAACUAAAGCGGGCUGGUGGAUCUCUAAGUGACCUCAAAGACCUGCCUACAGUUCUGCAGAAUCAUCACCACAACCACCAUGGAACCUUUUCCUAUAAAAGUUCCCUUCACCAUCACAGCCACAAUCAAGUCUCAAAGGCCCARCAUCAUCACAAUGAGGGCAAAAGAGAGCAGGGCCACUCACCACCAGUUGACCUAAAAAUUCCCCAGGUUCGAGGAAUGGAUCUUUCCUGGGACUCCAAUGCCUCUGAACUGUAUGGUUAUGGAACCAUGGGGGCAGGUGGUCAUAGUGACAACACCCUGAGUCGGAAACUGAGAGCCAUUCUGCCCAAGCAGAACCGCCAAGGAGGAAGUCUUGGAAGCCUGCUGGAUGGGGCAGCAGAUUAUUGGAGCUCUGAUUUAGACCACUCCAAUUCUGGGCCUACGUAUUCCAUCUCUGAUGUGGAAGGAGACCCAAACUCCAAGCAGCCAAGAAAGAAGAGGGGUCGUUAUCGCCAGUACAACAGUGAGAUUCUGGAAGAAGCCAUAGCUGUAGUGAUGAGUGGGAAGAUGAGUGUGUCCAAGGCACAAAACAUGUAUGGGAUCCCACACAGCACCCUUGAGUACAAGGUAAAGGAGCGCAUGGGAACUCUGAAGAAUCCCCCAAAGAAGAAGCUUAAGCUGAUGAUGAAGAUGGAUGCUGGAGGUCAGGAUUUAGCCACAGACCCAGAGAACACACCCACUACAACCCCACAUGAUGACAGCCUGCCACUUGCAUCUGCUGAACUUAAGAACAACGUAAAUGAGGAGGAUGAUGACAGUACCAAACCAAUUGACUAAACAAUUCACACACGUAAACCUCAGUCACAUGACACAAGUGAUAUGACAAAAGAUGGGGCUUUCUUUGUGCCAAUUACUUUGCAGUAUCUGGGUGAGCACAAACACAGGGGGAAAAAAUGAGGAUUCUUAAAAACAAACUGGAGAAAAGUAACCAAUCGGACCAUUUUUAACCUGCUUCACAUAGGAGAUGCUGAACAAGAGUUUGUUUCACUUUUAUACACAAGAGCUUAACAAAUGCAACCAAGGACAAUAAACAAGACACAGUUGAUAAAAAUUUCUAAAGCAUGCUGAUAAUCCCAAGCCCAAAACCCCAAGCUCCCCACUGUUCUGAACUCGACACAGUGAGUCAAUUCUGGGGUUAAAAGUUGGAAGGAAUGUUGAAAAUGUUCAAAGAACUUUGAGAGACUAGUCAAUUUACCAUUUCCUUAACUCAUGGAAACUUGCUGAAUAUUACCUCUGAAGCCAACUAUAAGGAUUAAUCAUACCAUUGAUAUUUCUCACUAGGGUUCUGAAACAGACCCAUUCUCUUAUUGCCAGGUAGCCAUGAUGCUUUAACUGCAAAUCUUUUCUUUACUCCUUAAAAUAUUCUGCUUAUCUAUGUGUGGAUGAAAGCAAGGUUAACCUGUUCUCUUCUGAGCAAGAGAAGAUACACAAAAGUCAUUCAGGGAUGCAUGUUUGUGAGUUUUGUGGACACUACUGACUUCUGUAAUCAACCUUUUUUCCUCUCUCGUUUCUUUUCUUUUGAUUUGUUUUGCUUUCUUUUGCACUACACUUUGGGUCUGGCACUCACAGACCAGGUUACCUCGGCAUUGUUGCCCAUGCAUCAUGCACUUAUUAUGGUCUGUCUCYGAAGCCCAAUCGUAACCUUGCAAUGGGUCAGAGAUGCACAUUGCCUCUGAAUGCUGAGUCAUAUUCAGAUGCAGGACGUUCUGAAUUCACCCUCUCUUUUGCCAAGGGACAACUUAAAGGGUACUCUGACUACGGAUCAGAUGCUUUUAUGGCGGGAUGCUACCUCAUGGACCUCCAUAUGACAAUGCUGAUCUUGGAAAGGUGGAACCACCCUCAKAUUGCUUUCCGAAUGGUGACAAAAGCGAAUUCCCCCAUUCCCUUGGAAAUCUUUAUUGGGUGACAGCCUUUUAGGAUAAGAAUGUGAAACUGUGCUGCUAUCCAGUUCAUUUUUGAGCUCCUACAAAGGAUUUAGCCCAGGUUGAUCAAUUUUAGCUUGUAACAAACAUAUUGCUGAUUUUUUUGUUUGUUUUUUAUUUUCUAAUCAAACUAAGCAGAAGCAGCUUAGGUGAGGGGUUUUUAGAGGAUUAUUCUCUUUCAAACUUCAAAGAUAAUUUAAAGGCAGAUAUGUAUUAAACAAUGUGCAUUUAGAGUGUGUGGGGGGGUCAUUU